GAAGAAGAAGCGAGGCGAGGAGGCGGAGUCCCGCGUUAGUUAGCGCUUCCUAGGAGGAGUUGGUUAUUCUUCUACCGCAGACAGGCAGCAGGUUGUCAGCGUUUUAAUCUCAACAAAAUGAACGGCUUAGACGAAGAACCAAUGGCACCACAGACCUUCCUUUACGGGUGCGUGCUGGAAGCCGGAAAGGAGGUGGUUUUCAACCCUGAGGACGAUGAGUUUGAGCAUCAGCUAGAUCUAAGGAUGGCCUGUGUGGACCCCAGCACGAAAGAUGAACUUCACAUGGUGGAGGUGGAAGGACAAGACAUAGAGGGACAGAAAAUCAAGGCAGCACUGGUCUCACUGAAACCCUCUACCCUGCCAAGUGUGUGUCUCGGCGGUUUCACAAUCACACCCCCAGCUGUUUUCCGUCUGAAGGCAGGUUCCGGUCCAAUCCAUAUCAGUGGACAGCACCUCGUCAUGAUGGAGGCCGAUCAGUCUUUCGAUGAAGAUGAUGACGACGAUGACGAAGAGGAGGAGGAAGAUGUCAGAACAUCAAAGAAAAGGCCCGCUUCCUCCCCUGCCAUCAAGUCUCAGAAAAAAAUGAAAAUGAACAUGGAGGAGGAUGACGAUGAUGAUGAUGAAGAUGACGAGUGAGAUGAUGAUGAGGAAGAGGAGAGCGAGGAAGAAGAGUCUCCUGUUAAGGUCAAGGCGACACCCUCCAAACAAGCUCCUGCUCAGAAUGGCAAGAGUUCUAAAGUCAGCACUCCAGCCAAAAAACAGGAGAAGACCCCUAAAGGUAAGGGUGACAAGUCCCCUAAAGCCCCAGCAACUCCCAAAGUAAAUUUAUCACCUCCUGAGAUUAAAGCCAAGAUGAUGGAGGCAGUGAAGAAGGGAGUAUCAUUACCUAAACUCCAGCCCAAGUUUGAGAACUUUCUGAAGCAUGGUUAUAAAGUCUCAGAUGCCAAGGUUAUUGCAGAUCUGUGGAAGUGGAGACAGACGGUGAAGGAUGCUUAAUAUCGCAGUCUCAGUAGUUUUAUUGUCUCUUUUUAUGACUUGUUUAUACCCAUAGCACCUCUCAAACCCUCUGAAGCCAAACUCUGUGCCUCCCACUUCAUUCACACCCCAUUAAUCCUGAGUCUAGUCCAGCUCCACCUGCCCUCUUGUAUAAA